AUGAACAAGAAAAACUUCACAAAACUUCUAUUUGAAUCUCCUUCAGUCUUUAACGGUGAAGAAAAAGAACUGCAGCGCAGCGACUUCGAUUUUGAGAGAAAAUUAGGCGACGGAGCAUUUGGACAAGUUUGAAGAAUAAAGCAAUAGAGUUUACUUAGAUUCUUUGAAAACUCAUUGAAAUGCCAAAAGGUCUACUUCCUUCCCUAAAACGUCCCAGAUUUGUGUAUCAUAAUAUCUCGAAGAUUUUUCCUGCAGAACGAGAGCCUGCAUCUCAACUCCAGGGGAAAAUGGAAAUUUGAAGCCCCGAGUUUUGCACUAGGAAACAUUCUGGGACUUACUUCUGGCACCCUUCAGAACUUCGGCUCUGGUUUCCCAUGAAACAAAAACUUAAUACGGAUUAAGCUUGGGCUGAUCAGCUCCACCGCCAAAAGAACCUUGCCAAAUACAGUUUCUGGGAGCUAUCCUCCGUUCUUCGAGGUCUCCAGCACUGUGUGGGGUAUAGACUAUAGGAGCUAAGACGUUGGCUUGAUUGAUCCCGCCAUUUUAAUAUAUAUGACGAAUAAAGCAUAAAGCCACUAACAAAUUAUAUGCGCUUAAACAAGUCCCAAAACAAAACGUAGCCAAAAUGAUUCCCCAAUUCAAAAGAGAGCUUCUAAUCAUGUACGAAUUAAAUCACCCUCAUAUAAUAAAGCUAUACAAUCAUUUUGAGGACGAAAAGAACUUUUUCCUAAUAAUGGAGCUGGCAGAGGGUGGGAAUUUAUAUCAUAGAUUAUAUAGAGAAAGAAACUUUUUAGAAAAAGUCGCUGCUCAGUAUUUUAGAGAAGUAUUAUUAGCUGUUGAAUACUUGCACAUGCACGUGCCUGCCAUAAUACACCGCGAUAUAAAGCCAGAGAAUAUCCUUUUAGAUAAAGAUGGCCGAAUAAAACUUACAGAUUUUGGAUGGUCGAAUUAUUAUUCAACAGACACAAAUGCGCCAAGAUUUACCACGUGUGGGACUCUAGAGUAUUUGCCACCUGAAAUGGUGCAGGAAACUGGGCAUAGCACUGCGGCUGAUAUAUGGUGUUUAGGAGUUCUGUUAUAUGAGAUGCUGACUGGGACUACUCCUUUUAGAACUCCAGCAAAAGACCAAAUGCUGAAUAAUAUUGUUAACGCAAAAGUGAAAUUUCCUUUGAAUUUUCCACCUUUAGCUAAAGAGCUGGUAACCAAAAUGCUUGAAAAAAAUCCAGCUGACCGAAUUACAGCGACUGAAACUAAAAAUGAUAGAUGGCUAACUGAGAUUCCCCCAAUAAGAGAAACUAUGGUACAAGAGCCAGUAUUAAAAAGCCUUAAAAGCAUUAUGGGGCCAGAAGUGGUGACGGAAGGAUAUAAAGUCAUUAAUGAAGAGCCGCCAAAUGAAAAUAAAGAGCCAAUUUUUAGUAGUGAAGAUAAUGCUACCAUAACAACAGCAGCAACUGAGUCAGAGGCUAAAGAAGAAGCCAAAGAGGAGGAAAAAGAAGAACCAAAAUAUAAUACAACGCCUUUUAAACAGAAUAUUAAAAAACUGCAGAAAAAAAUCUCUCUUAAGGUAGAAGAAACCAUAAAAACAAAAGCAAGCAUACGAGAAAGCUUGCAAGGAAUAGCAACUUUUAACCAAAAAGUUAAAGAAUUAGAGGAAAAAAUCACUGAAAAACGAAAAGAGCUAGCCACGCUAUUUUCAGCUGAAAAAGAAAUGCUGCUAAAGCUGUCUGACAUCAAUUUCGAGCUUGAGAGAAUCCAAAGCUCGAAUGAAACUGCAAUUUUACUAGAAAAAAUAACAAACAUGCAAAAAGAUUUAAUGGAAAAAACAGCUGAAGUCAAAGUUUAUAAGAAAAAUCUGGAAAAUAUCAGAACUGAUGUCAAACAAAAAACCAUGGACAUUAACGAAAGAGACAAAAACCUAUCAUCACUACAGCUUUAUUUGAAAAAAAUAAAAGACGAAAUUUUACAGUCAAAAUACAAUAAACGAUCUGAGCUUUCUGAGCUUGAAAUUAAUGCUGAAAUUUUGAAAUCCCAGCUAGAACAAAAAGACAGGUAUUACUCUGACCCAUCUAAUGGCAGCUAUUUUUCCAGCAAAGAAAUGAUGGAUUAUGUACAAAAAAGAUUGGAUGAGCUUAAAUGCUACAAGCGAGACCAACUGAAAAAGAAAAUUGAUGAAGCCCAUGAGUUUCAGUUAGACAAAGAGCAAGAAUUAGCUGAAAUGAAAAUUGAAUACGAAGACAAAAAAGCAGAAAUAAUCCAAAAUAACAGGAAAAUACGUGAAGAAGCUAUAAGAAAAAUUAAAAAAAGAAAUGAGGACAGCCUCUCCAAAAGGAAAAAUUUUAAGGAAGAAAUUCGGAAUAAAUUGAUCCAAAAAUUAAAUGAAUUCAGAAAUGCAGAAAGCCAAUACUAUAUAGACCCUAUAGAAAUAGACAAACACAAAAAACGAUUAAGAGUAAAUGCUAUAUAGAGAAGAACCAAAAGGCUUGAAAGGCUUUAUAGUGAAAUGAGCCAAAUAAGGACUGAGCGAGAAAUGAUGAAAGAAGUCCUUUCUUUAAAAAAGCGAGAAGUAGAGGACCUCGAAAUGGAAAUAGGGACAGCAAAAAUAAAGCUUUUAGGCAAACAGUUUUUUUAA